AUGUUACCUGAAUUAGAAACACCAUCAACUUUUGACAGCAGUUGUUGUCGUCUUGUUCGUACUGAUCGAUCAUCUCGUUUGAUUUUACCAUUAGCACGUCGCGGCCGUCCGUAUCAUCCCGAUCGAUCUCAGCGGCUCCUCUGUAAAACUUGUUCGAGUAUAAAACAUGCUCAACAACGUGAAAUUCUUCAGCGACAACGAAACCCUUCCGAACAGAGUACUGCAAACAUCUUCAAUACAAUCAGUGAUCUAGAUCGACCAUCGGGAACUGAUAUUUCUCAUGAAAUCGAGUUUUCUCUCGCAGAUAAAGACGACAACAUUCACUUGAAUCAGAACGAAUACGAACCGGCACAAAUGCUAAUUUGGAAAAUGAGUCCAUCUGAUCAUCGCACCAUCACUCUGGAUGAUACUGGUUGUUUAAAUGAUAAUGAAAAGAAAGUAUUAUUACAAGAAGCUAUUGCAAAGCUACGAUUUGUUUUAAAUAAUCGUUCAGCAGCAGGAGCAGCAGCAACAACAACAGCAACGAUCUCGCAAAAUGAUUUAGAUCAAAUUGAAUUUACUUAUCGGGCUUUGCAAACAACAGUUAAUAUUCUCUCACCAUCGUUGGAUUCACUAUAA